CGUUACAGAUCAUGUGGGUUUCGGCGUAGAUUCCCCAGUGAUCGAGGCAUUUUCCCCCUUUUUUUUCUUUUUUUCUUUUCUUUUUUUUUCUUUUUCUUUUCUUUUUUCUUUUCUUUUAAAAAUUUCGACCAACCGUUCUCUGUAACGGGGGCUUUUUUUUCUGUCUGUCAGUCUGUCUGUCUGUCUGCCAGUCUGGCUUUCCCCCCCCCACCACCACCACCUCUUUCCCACGGAGCCCGAGUCGGGCGCCGGGUGGGGAGUGGGGAGUGGGUGGGGGGAGCCAGCAGAGUUCCAUUUUGGAACGCCCGUGCCUCGUCUCCGCGUUCCCAGCCCUGGUCCCCGCGUUCGCAGCCCCGGCGCAGGUCUCCAUGCACUGGCUGCUCUGGGAAUCCGGCGGCAAGAUUCCCAGGAUGUAAGGAACUGGCAGCAGACACUGAUAUGAAGCUGCCUGGUUUGCUCAGAGAUUGCUACAGUUACAAUUUUUCUGUGCUGGAAUCCUUCUGAAACACUCAAACAGAAGACGACGUCAGCAUCCAAGGGAAGCCAAAGGCAUCUGAGAGGUAAAGCCAAAAGCCAAGAAUCUCACCGUCCUGUACCUACUUAGCCACUCCACAAAGAAGCCGUCACUCACGGGCAGGCGGCAUGGCAAGCAAACGAAAGUCCACAACUCCGUGCAUGGUUCGGACAUCACAGGUCGUGGAAGAAGAUGUGCUGGAGGAGGCAGACAGGGCCAAAGACAAAGGCACGGGCAUGCCACCGUCCAAUGCACUAAAGGACAGCUGGGCCACAGAACCUGAACACUCAUCCAAAGAAAAUGAAGUGGUAGAGGUGAAAUCUAUAGGGGAGAACCAGUCCAAAAAACUCCAGGGCGGUUAUGAGUGCAAAUACUGCCCGUAUUCCACACAAAAUCUGAACGAGUUCACGGAGCACGUGGACAUGCAGCACCCCAACGUGAUUCUCAACCCCCUCUACGUAUGUGCCGAAUGUAACUUCACAACCAAAAAGUACGACUCCCUGUCCGACCACAACUCCAAGUUCCAUCCGGGGGAGACCAACUUCAAACUGAAACUGAUCAAGCGCAACAACCAGACGGUUCUGGAACAGUCCAUCGAAGCCACCAACCACGUGGUGUCCAUCACUGCCGGUGGUCCUGGCGGGACUGAUAACGACCCUGGGGUCUCCGUAGGAAAAACCCCCACGAUGAAGACAGGAAAGUCAAAGGCAGAUGCCAAGAAAGUGCCCAAGAAACCUGAUGAGGCUGCCCCGGAAAACCACAUGGAAGGGACUGCCCGCCUGGUGACAGACACAGCGGAGAUCCUGUCCAGACUUGGGAGCGUGGAGCUCCUUCAAGAUUCACUGGGACACGUCAUGCCUUCUGUACAGCUGCCACCAAAUAUCAACCUUGUCCCCAAGGUCCCUGUCCCGCUGAAUACUACCAAAUACAACUCUGCCCUGGACACAAACGCCACCAUGAUCAACUCCUUCAACAAGUUCCCUUACCCGACCCAGGCUGAGCUCUCCUGGCUGACGGCGGCUUCCAAACACCCCGAGGAACACAUCCGCAUCUGGUUCGCCACCCAGCGUUUAAAGCACGGUAUCAGCUGGUCCCCAGAGGAGGUGGAGGAGGCCCGAAAGAAGAUGUUUAACGGCACCAUUCAGUCAGUACCCCCGACCAUCACUGUGCUUCCUACUCAGCUGACACCCACAAAAAUGUCACAGCCCAUCCUUCAGACAGCCCUACCGUGCCAGAUCCUCGGCCAGCCCAGCCUGGUGCUGACCCAGGUGACAAGCGGGUCAACUACUGUCUCGUGCUCUCCCAUCACACUUGCCGUGGCUGGAGUGACCAACCAUGGCCAGAAGAGACCUCUGGUGACUCCUCAAGCUGCCCCUGAGCCGAAGCGUCCACACGUCACCCAGGUGCCAGAACCUCCUCCCAAGGUGGCCAAUACCCCGCUCACCCCGGCUAGCGACCGCAAGAAGACCAAGUUACAGAUUGCCCACCUCAAGGCAAGCUUCUUACAGAGUCAGUUCCCUGACGAUGCUGAGGUCUACCGGCUCAUCGAGGUGACAGGCCUGGCCAGGAGUGAGAUCAAGAAGUGGUUCAGUGACCAUCGCUACCGGUGCCAGAAAGGUAUUGUCCACAUCACCAGCGAAUCUCUUGCCAAAGACCAGAUGGCCGUUACUGGCACCCGACAUGGUCGCACCUACCACGUAUACCCAGACUUUGCCCCCCAGAAGUUCAAAGAGAAAAACCAGGGACAGUUGAAAACCCUGGAAGACAGCUUUCUGAAAAGCUCUUUUCCCACCCAGGCAGAAGUAGAGCGGCUGAGGGUAGAGACCAAACUGAGCAGGAGGGAGAUCGACUCCUGGUUCUCAGAGAGGCGGAAGCUUCGAGACAGCAUGGAGCAGGCUGUCUUGGAUUCCAUGGGGUCUGGCAAAAAGGGCUCAGAUGUGGUAGCCCCCAAUGGUGCUCUAUCUCGACUUGAUCAGCUCUCUGGUGCCCAGUUAGCUGGUUCUUUGCCCAGUCCUUCAUCAGCAAUUGUACAAAAUCAAGAACAGGUUCACCUGCUCAGGAGCACAUUCGCGAGAACCCAGUGGCCCACUCCUCAGGAGUACGACCAGUUAGCUGCCAAGACCGGCCUGGUCCGAACUGAGAUUGUGCGCUGGUUCAAGGAGAACAGAUGCUUACUAAAAACUGGAACGUUGAGCUGGCUGGAGCAAUACCAGCGGCAUCACCUGUCAGAUGACCGUGGCCAUGAUGCCCUAUCAAGAAAAGCGGCAAAACAAGUUGCUGAGAGCCCAAAGAACGGAAGUGAGGUGGCUCACCAGUAUGCCAAGGACCCCAAAGCACUCUGUGAGGAGGACUCCGAGAAGCUGGUCCCGAGGAUGAAAGUGGGUGGUGAUCCAGCCAAGGACUGUUUAGCAGGCAAGCCCCCAGAGGCCGCCUCAGACAGAUCAGAGGGCAGCCGAGACGGCCAGGGCAGCGAGGAGAACGAGGAGUCAGGCAUCGUGGACUUUGUGGAAGUGACCGUUGGCGAGGAGGACGCCAUCUCGGAGAAGUGGGGCAGCUGGAGUCAGAGAGUGGCAGAAGGCACAGCGGAGCGGGCCGACUCCGACUCCGACAGCACCCCGGCGGAGGCUGGCCAAGCCUAGACAGGGCAGCUACCAACAAAGGAGAUGCUCUGUCUUUGAAGAAAGAAGAAAGCCCCGCCCCAGAGGCCGUGGGCCACUUCACCACCAGCGACUGACUCUGACUCUGAGCAGAAGUGCUUCCGCGGUGCCUGGCGACCACAGGAAAUCCGGAGCUCUCAAUGUCCCUCCCAGAGGCUGGGUGGGAAUUGUUCAUAGUGCCAAAGUCCUACUACUGCGUUUUCAAUGGGUCCCUGUACAUAGCCUUUGCCUUUGCUCCGGCCCCGCCUCUUGCUAUACUGGAACUGAUUUAUACAAUGUGGGAAUUUUGUUACCUUUUUAAUAGAGGGCAUCUUCCUUUUCCAGCACUUCUGUGGUAAGGCAUUUGUGUGUGUGUGUGUGUGUGUGUGUGUGUGUGUGUGUGUGUGUGUGGUUUUUUUCUUAACCCCCCCCCCAGAAAGGAGGGCUAACCACAUUGCAUUUCUUUUCUCUUCCUUCCUUUCACUUUAUUAAUGAGGGGGAGGGAGCGUUAGCAUAAGUACCACUGUAUCUACUGGAUUUUAGGUAGGACGAAUUUCUUCUUUAAGGUAGUUUGACAUUUGGGAGAUGUCUUGGUGGGAAGGGCUGAGGUUGGUCCCCUGGCUCAAAGUGGAAUGGGCUCAAAGUAGAAUAGCCUUCUGCCUCAGUCCCUUCCCAGUUCCCCAGCUGCCUUUCGGGGACCCAGCCUCAGCCCUACACCAUGAGGUGGGGCUGGCUUCUCAACUGCUUUGGAUAAUUGGGGAACAGGUGGCUGCCCUCUUUACAAAUCUUUUAAAAAUACCAGCAGAAAGGGGUCCCAUGGCGGACGACGCCACCAUUACUAUUGGAAAAUGAAGAGAGUGGUCUCCCUGGCUAGAGGGUACCAAGGUAAACAAACAUCUCCGCUUUUCCUUUCUCUUCUCACCGCCUUUUCUUGGUGUGGCUUUUGACAAGAUUUCAGCUCAAAGCCUCACCAUGGAUUGAUUUUUUUGGUCGUUGGUGGUGUGUGUGUGUGUGUGUGUGUGUGUGUGUGUGUGUGUGUUGGGCCAAUUUUAGAUACCUGAGUGCACUUUUUUUUAGUUAGUCCUAGCUUUUAAGAAAGAAAGCCAAGAGACAUAUCUCGUGUCAGUGUCGAGACAUGAAUUCUGUUUUCUGUCCUUGUCCCUCUCCCACUCCGCAGACCCUUGACCCCACUUGAGUACGCUGCACAAAUUAAAACGCUAGGGAGUUUGAAUAAAAGCAGUUUUUCUAACUUGUUGCUCAUUUGUUGUAACUCAAUAAAGCAAAGACUAACCGUUUUUAUAACCUUC